AUGGCACCAGAUGCGUUACCGAGACCGCGGCUUCGAGCCCCUGGAUCCCUCCGAAAGACCUGGUCCCCAGCAUCUACUGUCCGCCCUCCACUCCCGCAGCAAUCCCACUUCAGCCACCUCGACAUCUCGCAUGAGGAAUUCAACACCCACGCUUUCGUCCACCCCAGCGACGGGCGCGUGCACAUUGCCGUGAACAAGCUGAAAGACGGGCCGUUAUCUACGCUGCUAUCCAAGCUAAGUAGCAACAAAAAAGACGGCCAUGGGCGGGACACGGGUGAAGAAGGGGAUAAGGUAGCAUCUGAAGAGAUCACCCUGCCGAAAUUGAAUAUCGUCAUUAUGGUAAUUGGAAGUCGCGGGGACGUGCAGCCCUUCGUGGCCGUUGCCAAGGUGCUCAAGGAGAAGUACGGGCAUAGGGUGAGGCUCGCCACGCAUCCUGCGUUUCGAGAGUUUGUUGGCGGGGAGGGGGUGGACUUCUUUAGUGUUGGCGGGGAUCCGGCGGAGUUGAUGGCUUUUAUGGUUAAGAAUCCUGGUUUGGUUCCGAGCGUCGAGACGAUUAAAGCUGGAGAUUUGGUGCGUCGGAGGGAGCAGAUGUUUGACAUGUUCCAGGGCUUCUGGAGGGCUUGUAUCGAGCCGAAUGACAGGAAUUAUCCGUUCGUUGCAGACGCGAUCAUUGCGAAUCCCCCAUCAUUCGCACAUGUGCACUGUGCGGAAAAGUUGGGGAUUCCGUUGCAUCUGAUGUUUACAUUUCCAUAUUCACCAACGCAGACUAUGCCGCAUCCACUCGCUAUGAUUCAGAGCAGUAAUCUUGGAAAGGACUAUACGAAUGCGAUCUCCUACUCCAUGAUCGACAUGAUGACCUGGCAAGGAUUGGGAGAUUUGGUGAAUAAAUUCCGACAAAAGACUUUGGGAUUAGAGCCCGUUGCGACGUUAUGGGCUCCUGGGAUGAUCAGUCGGUUGAAGGUCCCAUUCACAUAUAUGUGGUCGCCAGCGUUGAUUCCAAAGCCCUAUGACUGGGGCGACCACAUCGAUAUCACAGGUUUCGUAUUCCUAGACCUAGCCUCCUCCUUCAAACCCCCUCAGGAACUCGCCGACUUCCUUGACGCAGGACCACCACCAGUCUACAUAGGGUUUGGCUCAAUAGUAGUCGACGACCCCGACACACUCACACAGACCAUCUUCACAGCAGUAAAGUCCACAGGUGUACGUGCCCUAGUCUCAAAAGGCUGGGGUGGAAUCGGCGGCGAAGAAUCGGACGUUCCCGACAACUUGUUUAUGCUGGAUAAUACCCCACACGACUGGCUAUUCUCGAGGGUCUCUGCGGUGGUGCACCAUGGCGGAGCAGGGACCACGGCUAUUGGACUAUACCACGGGAGGCCGACCAUGAUCGUACCGUUCUUUGGCGAUCAGGCGUUCUGGGGCUCUAUGGUCGCGAAUGCCGGCGCGGGCGCGGAGCCGGUCCCGCAUAAAGAGCUGACGGCGGAGAAGUUGGCGGAUGGGAUAGAGAAGUUACUGAGCGAGGAGUGCCAGCUUGCCGCUGGGAAGAUAAGUAAGCAGAUCCGCGAGGACGAUGGGAACGGAGCCGAGAACGCCGUAAGGAGUUUUUUCAAGGGUCCGGGAAUUCGCUGCUCGUUUCUGGAAUAUAAGGUUGCUGUUUGGAGAAUUCGGAGGACGACAGUUAGGCUCAGUGCGCUCGCUGCCUGGUUGCUCGUGCAGGGUGGGAAGCUCACGUGGAAGGAUUUGAGACUCAUCCGCCACACAGAAUGGAACGACUACAAUGGCCCCGGUGAGCCCUUCACCGGCGGCAUAACUGCGCUCGUUAGUUCCAUCGCUUGUGUGGCUAAAGGAAUGGUGACAGUCCCUUACAUCUGGUACAAGGGUGCCCGCCGCCUUGAUUCGGAGGGCCUGGAUAUUGUCGGUGAGAUGCGCAGUGGGAGUAAACCCAGCUCCCGCUCCACCACCAGACCCACCCCGCCAAAUCCCGAGACAGAACCACGUCGGUCCACCGAUUCCAACGCAUGGAGAACUGACAGUACUUCCAGCUCCCGCUCCCGUUCAAACUCCCCACAAGACCCCGUUCCCCUCGAAGUCGUCAAAAACACCUCCAAGGCCCUCUCCAAAGCUGCCCGCGCUGGCGCUCGAGCACCAAUGGAAGUCUCCCUAGCUGUGGCCCAAGGCUUCCACAACGCCCCGCGUCUCUACGGCGACGAGGUCCGGCGCCCAUACCGCAUUACGGGCUUCCACUCUGGCCUUCGCGCCGCUGGCAAAGAGUUCGCGCUAGGCGUCUACGAUGGCGUCACUGGAAUCGUGUCGCAGCCGUACCGCGGCGCGAAGGAGGAGGGGGCCAAGGGGUUCGCGAAGGGGCUAGGAAGGGGCGUUGCGGGCGGCGUGUUGAAGACUAAUGCUGCAACCACUGGGGUUGUUGGGUUUACGCUUAAAGGUUUGCAUCGUGAGGUUAGGAAGAAGAAGGACGAAGGGGUUGGGGAGAAGGUUAGGCAGGAGAGGAUUAGGCAGGGGGAAGCGGAAGUUGGGGAGUUGGAGCAGGCGGAGGAGGAGCAAGUUCAAAGGGUUAGAGAGAAGAUUGAGCGCGGGUGGGAACGUGUAGAAGAGGAGAAAAAGGUUCGAGAAGUAGGAGAAGUUGGGAUUAGGGAUAGGGCUAGGGGGCGGUUGAGGAGGAGGAGGGAGCAUAGGAGGGGGAAGGAAGAAAUGAAGGGUGGUGAAGUCUGA